AGUGUGCAUGAAACAACGAGCCAGAGCAAAGCCUCGAGCAGCUUCGCCUCCUCUCGGCGAGUCAUCAGCUUACCGCAUCUUCCCUCGAAGCCCUUUUCUCAGUAAUUCAACCGUCAUGUUGCAUUCAGGUUCGGUCCCUAGAACCAGCACAUGUCCUCCAAGUCUUCAACGUCCUGGGUUUCGCUCGCAACAUGCGGCUGCAGCGACGCUUCGCGUCUCUGCUUCGUUGCCAGAUAGUGACAAGAGAUUCAAAGUGGAAUUUACUCCUUGGUUGAUUGUUGGAUUGGGAAAUCCUGGGAAUAAGUACCAUGGCACAAGGCAUAAUGUUGGUUUCGAGAUGAUUGAGCGCAUAUCGCAAGCGGAGGGCAUAUUGUUAAACACAAUUCAGUCGAAAGCCUUGAUUGGAAUAGGUUGUAUUGGAGAGGUGCCAUUAGUGUUGGCAAAGCCUCAAGCAUACAUGAACUUCAGCGGAGAAUCUGUUGCACCGCUUGCAGCAUAUUACCAGAUUCCUCUCCGACAUAUUUUGUUGGUUUAUGAUGAGAUGAGCUUACCAAAUGGUGUUAUGAGGCUACAACCCAAAGGAGGACAUGGUCAGCACAGCGGGCUGAAGAGUGCGAUGGCUCAUUUGGAUGGUUGCAGAGAAUUUCCUCGGCUCUCAAUUGGUAUUGGGAAUCCACCAGGAACUAUGGAUGUGAAAGCUUUCCUUUUGCAAAAGUUCAGCUCAGUGGAACGUGAACAGAUUGAUGAGGCAUUGGAUCAAGGAGUUCACGCUGUGAGGGCAUUAGUGCUCAAAGGCUUUAGCCAGCGUAUAAGCAGAUUUAAUACGGGGCAGAAGUAUAAGUAUCACAAAGUUUGAUAUUAGUUAUUGAAUCAUAUUGUAUUUCUCCCUUAUGUCUGGUUAACAAGAACGAAACACUUGCAAAGCCUUGAUUAUGCUAAGUACAGUCAUACGAAUUAUCUAGCGCUAGUCAUGCAACC